CUCUUUCCACAGCACAGAAUUGAUUGUCACACACUGUUUGCGACAUUAAGCUUAGACAUGUUCGCAAUCAGUUUCCACAUCUUUAAAAGUGACGCAGGCUGAUUUGAUUUCUUGUCUGUUAAACCGACAUUUGAUGGUUUUCUGCAGGCUGCCUGGCUUUCGUGGCAAAGAGGAAGGAUGUCCAACAACAUGGCCAAGAUUGCAGAUGCUCGAAAGACGGUGGAACAGUUGAAACUGGAGGUCAACAUAGAGAGGAUGAUGGUAUCUAAAGCCGCGGCUGAUCUGAUGGCCUACUGUGAAACUCAUGCCAAAGAGGACCCACUGGUGACGCCUGUACCUUCUUCGGAGAACCCGUUUCGAGAGAAGAAGUUAUUCUGUGAAAUACUAUAGCUGCCACAUUCACAAAACUAACGUCUGCCUUUUAACGUCUAAAUCAUUUUAACAAGUGAAUUCCAUGUUAGCCUUAAUGAUAACAAUGAAAAUAACUUUUGUACUACUCUCCGUUUUGUAACAGAAGUAGCUCUUUUUUUCUCCACCUUCUCCUGAGGAAUUAUC